AAACAAACCUUAUCAAACGCGCGAUAAUAUAUCGUCAGUCAGGUGCGCGCUUCGCUACUACACGGUCAUGUGAACUCCAAGAUGGCUUCCGAAAGUCUCCAGGAUAUCAAAAUCGAACAUAAAAGAAGACACACACAAGGUCCUGCGCAGAUAGAAACUAGAAUCGCUAAAGUGUCAACAAGGAGUCAGCCGGAAUUGUACGAUGUGCAUAGGAGUGAAAAAAAGUCGAGCAGUGAUUUUGUAUAUGUGAAUUCAGCUUAUGUUGGGAGUGUGGACGAUGUGAAUCAGCCUCGGUUAAGUGCGCCACCUACAUGUGUCGUCCGUGAGCAGUACUGGGCUUGUUCAAAAUGGCCGUAUGGGCAGCGCAUCCUCGCCAUCUCCGUGGGUUUGCUCCUGGGUACCGUCAUCGGGCUGACGGUCAUCGUGGUCCUCAGGGGAAUGGACAAGGAUAUCGUGCCAGGGUUCUUGGUGAGGCAGUCGGUGCCGGAUUAAGGAUUUAAACACAGCAAAGUGCUAAUGUAUGGACAAUAUUUUGCAUAAUAAUAAAAAUGUAAAUGAAACAUUAGUGUUACGCUUUACGUUUUUAUAUAUUUUUUUUUAAUAACUUUAAAUUCCAAUUGUAAACCUGUUAUUGAUAAUUGCUUCUCACAUCUCGCUCACACUAAUUUAUAAGUAGGUGCGAACGAGAUUCACGAGCGUAUAACAAAUUGACAUCAAUUUGUAAUUUCGAAUCGACCUAGAGGGCCUACCCAAAAUGACGGGUUACUGAUGCAUUAACGAAACUUUUAUGCCAAAUUUU